AUGAUUUGUAUGUGUUUGUGGUUUGACCUUGAGGUGAUAGUUUCUCUGUGAAACCAGAGCAGACAUCAGAGCUGGAUCCAGUUUCUCUUUAAGUGAAGUCGACUCUGUCUGGUGUGAAGCCAAGAUCCAGCAGCAAGCAGGGCGCACACAGCCAAACAGUCUGGACUUCCCACUCCAGUCAGGAGCUGCUCUCAUGAACGCUAUAGCCUCUUUUAUCUGUUCAGUUUGAUUUAGACUCGUUCCGGUUCUGGAUGGUGGAGUUCCUGCGCGUAAUAACCGGAUUUUACGCACACAUCGGUGGAGGAAAAACCAGGAGGGAAAGACUCUUUUUUUUCUCGUCUGAAACAGAAAGCAGCAGGUGUGAAACGUCCAACUCGGUGAUUAUUUCUAAUUCUGAGGUAAUUAUUAUUAUUGCUCCUAGCUGGCGACACAUGUGGACGCGUUGUGCCAAAAUGUUUCCUUGGAGGUGCGCCUGUGCAGCCUCGGUUUCCAGACCAGGACUGUGGACUGUUUUCCUGCAGCUGACUCUCCAUAACGCCUCCAACUCUUCACUGGAUUAUACCGGAGGAAAGUAACCUGUUAACUUCUGAUCAUCUGCUGCUCGUCUUGAGGCGAUAACAGCGCGCAGAGGAACCUUUACGCAUUUUGGCACAACUUGGCACAAGUGAUGGCGCACUGGAUCCGCGUCCUGCUGCUGCUGCUGGUUCUGGUUUUGGGCUGGCCCGCCGAGGCGAUCCGGGUCCGGAAGAAGGCCACCAGGCCCCGGGCUUGCCUGGACCUGCCGGAGGAGAUCCUGGAGCAGAUGUUCGGGCGUCUCUCGGUGGGAGUGAUGAGCGCUUUCCAUCACGCUCUGCAGCUGGAGCCGCAGGACAAAUUCAACCUGACCUGCCCGACCACCUCACAGACCCAGACCGACAGCAAGACCCGCCUCCCGGUCAACCUGCUCAGCAUCUCCCCCUGGGCCUACAGGAUCUCCUACGACCCGGCCCGGUACCCCCGCUACAUCCCCGAGGCGUACUGCCUGUGUAAAGGCUGCCUGAUCGGCCCGUACGGCGAGGAGAGCGACCAGCACCGCAGCACUCCGGUCUACGCUCCCUCUGUCAUCCUGAGGAGAGCGAGCUCCUGCAUCGGCGGCCGCCACUCCUACACCGAGGUCUACGUCUCCAUCGCCGUGGGGUGCACCUGUGUGCCGCUGCUGGAGAAGGAGAGGGACGGCCACAACAGCAACCAGAGUCUGGAGAGAGCCGAGCCCAAAGCCGGACCGCUCGUCUCUGCAGGGAAGAGAGUCUGAAGGAAGCAGGACGGUUGUACUCCAGAUACCUUCUUCUACACCUGAUGCACAUGUUUUGGUUUUCAUCUUUUCCCCACUGACACUUUUUAAGGGAGUAUACCAGCAAAGAAGCCCCUGUAACUGUCCCUAAACUAGAAUAUUUGAGCCACUGAUCUACAUCUCUGUUCAUCUUUGGGAAACAUUUUUCAUCUGGAAGCAAAUCAGGACUGUCUGUUUUCUGUUUCUGCUCUUAAAUGAGCUUUUUUAUUUGGACCAUGUUCAUUCUUGGCUUGGUUUUGAUGCCCUUUGGACCCAAAUUUGAUGACGAGGAUGCAAAAUUCAAAGUUAUUGUAUUGGCUGGACUGUAGAGAAUAAGCCUAAACAUCCAGAGAUUAGAUGAAACUCAAAGUUUGAAGUGUUGGUUCAGUCCAAAGUACAGCAGACAUAUUUCACUCACUGUUGUAUCUAAUAAUGCAGAUAGUUUUAUGUUUUAUUUGCUCAAGUUUAAAAAAAAAUGGAGGCAGAAAUCUCAGAGAUGGAUAACUCAAAACCUACAGAAAUAAAACCACAACUAUCUGCAUGGAUAGAUGCCACUGGAAAUACAUUAGAACAUGUUUAUUUGUAAUGUGGGAGGACCAAUACAAAAGAAAGUCAAUGACCUGAUCGACGCUGCCACCUACUGAUGUAAAAAAACAACUGCAAGUUCAUUCACAACUUGUCAUCAAAACAACAAAUAUUCCAGGUUAUUGCAUUUGUAGUUAGCUUUUAAUUUAGUAUGUAUAUUUCCCAGUCUCAUUUUUGCUUUUUCAGGAUACAGGAAGUGGUUAAUAUCCCCAGACAGGAGUUGGUGUAACAGCCGGUGUGAUCAUCAGAUCAUUAAAGGGGGUAAGAAAAUAAACACGCCUACAACAAAAACUAUCUGUCCUUUUUUAAAAUGUAUUCUUCCUACUUGUUUCUUGUUAAAUAAGGAACAGUUAGUGCUUUUCUAUUGCCUUUGAUGAGGAGUCAAAUGAAACAUGUAAAAACAGGGUAUAUACAGGAA